AUGCGAUGCGCCUUCCUUAAUGAUGCGGACCUGUUCAUCCACCUGAUGAAGGCAAAGCUCUGGCCCCCAAUAUCCCUGGACGCCACUUUCAUCCAGGUUCUUGACGGCAUAUUCUUCCCGGAUCUAUGUAGUCAUGCCACGCCAGUGGUCCUGUACAACACACUGGCUCGGCAUCAGCGACGGGCCUUGUCGUCAGAUGCGCGGGUGUUUCUCGACAAGAUCUGCGAAUACAUGAUGGACAGGCAUACAGACCUUGUGCUGCAGCCGCCGGGGCCUCGGGGAGGCGCCGAGCAAGAGGAUCUAGGCCUACUGCUAACUACCGCAUGGAACUGCGCCUUCAGGUACGAGCUGGUAUGUGCAAAGUUCCCCCAGGAGCGUGGGGACCCCGAGAUUGCCCGCCGACCUAUCAACUGCAGCGACCGGAUGUACUCGAGGCUGCGAGAGCGUACUCUGCGGGAAUUCAAGCCAUAUCAGAUGCUCCGCCUCAUGCAGGAUCCGCGUUGGGACGUGAACCAACCGCUGGAGAACCGAGGCUCGGAGAUGUGGGAUGAAAACGCCGGGCAGACUGCUCUUCAUGUCACGGUGGAAAAUAAGGGAGAGGUUGCAUACAUGCUGGCCAAGGUCCUGAUCCGGACUGGAGCCAAUGUUUUCGCAAGAGACGCCCGUAGGAGAACUCCUCUGCACGUGGCUGAAAGUGAAAGCAUGCUGAAGCUACUUCUCGGUCACGGAGCGGAGUCGCGAGCCCAGGACCUUGGCGGCCGGACAGUCUGGCACGUCGCCGCAGCAAACAACGAUGCAAGAACGCUUCGGGAGCUUGUCGAGCGGCACCGCCCGAAAAUGGAGAUGCUGGCAGAAGCCUUACGUUGCGUGACAAAGAAGGGACUCACGCCUCUGGCAGAGGCGGUCGCCUACUUCCACGAGCGGUCCCGAUGGGUCAAUGUCAAGUCCCCCGAGCUCGUAGAGCCCGUCGCCGCCGAAGUGCUGCUGCCGCUCUGCAAAGGCGAUCCUUUGACCUUCCGGAGUAGCAUCCCGCUCGUCCACCUCGCCGCCGAGUGGGGCCGCGAAAGUCUCCUUGUGGCCCUAGACGAGGCCGGUGCGAUCGAGCGCGGCGCGCUGACGGCCGAAAACCUAACAGCUUUCCACUUCCUCAACGUGGGGGCGUCCCAGUCCUUCGUCAAAAGGCUAGGCCGUGUGUAUGGGACCGAGUCCGUGGCCGCACUGUCGUCAGCUGGAAACUCCGCCGUGGAGAAUUUCAUGAGCCGGCUCGCCGACGUGGCUCCUCCUCCAAGUAGCAAUUCUCCCAACCCACGGCCCCCGGCGGCUGAGCAGCUGGUUGAUGCUGCCGUGUUCCGGGACCUUCUUGCCCCGUCCGUCGUUCGGUCCAAGGACAAGGAGGGGAGGACCUUUUGGGAGAGAUUCUGUUACAAUGUCAUUGCAGCCUACGUGGACGCACAAGCCUCCUAG